AUGGAUAAGUCAUGGAUGCAUGCUGAUAGGAGAUCAAAAGAGUUUGAGUUAGGAUUUGAAGAGUUUCUAAAGUCUGCUGAGUCUAAUGUUGUUAACACAGAAAAGAUUUCAUGUCCUUGCAUGAAUUGUUGCAAUAUCGAUGGAUUUUCUGUGGAAGUUGUUAGGGAUCAUGUAUUCUAUUAUGGUUUUUUAGAGAGUAAUAAGGUGUGGAGGUGGCAUGGGAAAUCUAUGUAUGAUAAUGGGGCUGAAUCUGAAUCUUUUCAUGGGGAACCUGGGAUGGGGGAGAACGAUGCAAAAAUAGGAGAAGGUGAGGAUGAGGAGAUGUCCGAAGACUCUAAUGAGUUUUUAAAGUUCGUAGAGGAUGGAGAUCAACCUUUGUACCAUGGUUGUGACCAUACAACCAAGAUGAAUUUUCUGGUUGAGAGUUUUAUUUGGAAAGCAAAGCAUGUAGUGAGCGAUGCUUGCUAUGGAGACUUUCUGGAAUUCAUUAAGGGUCUGUUUCUUGAAGAAAAUCUUGUUCAUUUGACGGUGAAUGAUGCUAGAAAGACAUUUAGUGUUUUAGGGAUGGACUACGAAAAAAUUCAUGCAUGUCCUAAUGACUGCAUCUUGUAUAGAGGAGAAAAGUAUAAAGAAGCUGAUGUUUGCCCAGACAGUGGUGUUUCAAGGUGGAAACCCGAUAAUGAUAUCGAUGUCUACUUGCAACCACUAAUAGAUGAAUUGAAACUGUUAUGGAAUGAGAUUGAGGGAGUAUACGAUGCAUAUAGAGGGGAGUACUUCAAACUAAAAGCAGUGCUUUUCUGGACUAUUAAUGACUUUCCCGCAUACGGGAACUUGUCUGGAAGCAUUGUAAGAGGAUACAAUAGUUGUCCAAUAUGUGUUGACCAGACUCGACCUCAUAGGUUAAAGAAAGGUAAUAAACUUGUUUUCAUGAGGCAUCGUCUGGGACUACCCAGACAUCAUCCAUAUAGGAGACAAGCUGCUGCUUUUGACAACACCGUAAAGGAGGACCUAGCUCCUGUACCAUUGACCGGAGAGGAGGUGCUUGCUAGAGUAGAGGGUCUGAAUUGUGAGUUUGGGAAAAGGGAAGAGUCUACUCCUCGUGUAAGGAUUGUUGAUGACCAAGACAGACCUUACUGGAAGAAGAAGUCUGUAUUCUUUCAACUAGAGUACUAG